UUCAAGUUCCAGCGUGUAACGACCGCCCAGCGGUCUAUUGUAGCUUAGGGUUAACAGCGCAUGCUUCCGUUUAGACAAAGAAACAAUUAGCUCGUCUGUUUGAUUUUCUGCUCUUAAAGCACGUAUUCAUUUAACCUCGAGGAGUAGUUUCCGCGCGUUCAUAUCGAACACAAGAUAAAUAAGAUAAAGAAUCCAAGAAAACAAGUAACAAGAGGCAAGUGCAGGACCGAUAUGUAAGUUAAGAAACUUCUUCUUUAGUUUUUAGUUUUCAAUCGAGCUUAAGUAUUUAGUCCUUGUUUUAUUUUAUUGUAUAGAGUUGUUCUUCUUAGCCAAAGCUCACAAAGCGAUAUUCCGAAACAAGAGUAGAGUACCCUUAAGUUAGCAUUGCCUUUUUUCCCCUUUGAGUACAGUUAGGUGUCAAUGUAGCCUUCUGCUGCAAGAGCCUCGCUACUAGGCCAUCGUUUCUCGUUUAGGUGUUUCAUAGCCGAUAUUCUAGUAAGUUUCAGCGUUAAAGCUACUCGCGGGAAAACUGCCACGUGUUUUCUCUGAUCUGUUGCCUACCUUUUAGUUUAUAGCUUAUAUUUUAUGUUAAUCGAAUCUCAGUUUACUGCUUUUAACGGUUAAACAACCUUGAUGUCAAGGGAAUAAAGAAGUUUAUUCUACAUCUGAGAGGUUUAAUCGUGAGCCUGUAAGGUAGUCCUUCGAUUUGUCGAAAUCAAGACAGGCUACGACACCUCUUGAACCACUUGAGUGGCCCUCCGUUACACAGCGUUUAAGCUCAUAAAAAAAGCAAAAAUCAAAAAUAGUUCAUUGCCUUUAUAAUUAAUUGAUGACGUAUCAUAUUCGUCCAGAUAUAUGUUUCAGUAUAUGAUUGUAGGUGGUGCGGCCGAAUGGUUAGGUUGCUGGGCUUGUAAUCAGCUGGUCACGGGUUCAAGCCCUUCACCCUGCAACUCACUGGGUGUUUUUCUCGUUUGUCCCUCUUCCUUGGUGUGUAACUAAUUGGUCUGUCUCUAGCCAGUUGAUAGUUUGAUUAUCAUGCUUGCUCAAACCUUCUGUCUUCAAUUUUUUCCGUAGUAUUGACCCUGGAAAGCCUGAGUGGUCAGUUAAGUAUAGCUACAUAUACAAUGUACAUGCCUGGAUAGAAGGUAUAAAAUGGCCACCAUACCAACAGCUCUCAUUUAAAGGCUCAAGUGGACUUAGGUAUCGUCUCCAAAAUGUUUCAUAUGUGGAUAGGGGAAAAGAGGAUAAACUCUUGACCGAUCAGGCGUUUAAAUAAUUAACGUAUUUUCCUUCAGCCUUUUUCAGGUGGCCCAAACAAGUUCAAUGUUAAAAAAUAAAGGGUUUUACAAAGUUGACGUAUAUUCCAGUUUUUCAACAUGGCGGAAUUCAAAACAGAUGAACACUGCCCUGUAGGCCUUGACGAGGAAUUUGUGGAAGCCGUUGACGAGGAUUUGCAAUGUUUGAUAUGUCAUUUGCCCCUAAAAGAGCCACUUCAAACCAGAUGUGGCCACAGAUAUUGCAAAGAUUGCCUUGAGGAGUACAUCAGAAGGCAUCGAAGCAAAGGCCAGUCUUUAACUUGUCCGGCAGACGGGCACAACCUGGAUGAAGACCGGGAUGUUUUCCCCGACAAAGCUACAGAAAGAAAAAUUCUUUCAUUGGUUAUCAAGUGCCCUAGUGACGGCUGUGGAUGGACAGGCGAACUGAGGAACAAAGAGUUAGUUCACUUAGAAUCUUGCUCUUUCAUGCUCUUGGUGUGUGUCAACUUUUCCUGUGGAGCGAAAGUGCAAAGAAGACAUCUUGAACAACACCAACUUUUUGAGUGUCCUUGGAGAAUCUUUAACUGUGAAUACUGCAGCGAGCCCCACCCUGAGUGUCAAAUGCAGGAUCAUAUCAAAGAGUGCAGCAGGUUCCCUGUAACUUGUCCAAACAGCUGUGGUCGUUCAAUUCCUAGAGAAAUGGUUUCAACUCACACUGAAGACGAAUGUCCGCUGACUGUAAUUUCCUGUCCUUAUGCACGUAUGGGCUGUAAAACAAAGAUUCAACGACAAGCAGUGGAAUCUCAUCUAGAAUCUUCCACAAGAGUCCAUCUUGAUUUAGUUAGUGUCAAGUUGCAUGAAACCGAAGUGAAGUUAGGUGAUACAGAAAUCAAGCUGGAUAACACAGAAACUUUAUUGUAUAAGACGAAGUCGGAGCUGAAGGAUGCCAUGGAAUCAUUGCACACAACAACAUAUAUUUGGAAGAUUGACGGUUACAGUGAAGUUCUGAGACAAGCAAAGACCGAAGGAAAAAAAGCAUUACACAGUGAUCCAUUCUACACAAAAACUGAAAAAGAUAGUAAUGGCUAUAAGGUAAAAGUAGUUAUUUAUCCUAAUGGUGAUGGAACUGGCAAAGGUACUCACCUGUCUGUAUUUAUCGAAGUUAUAAAAGGUGCAUAUGACGCCAUAUUACCCUGGCCCAUUAAGAAGAAAGUGAAGUUAGAAUUGGUAGAUCAACAAGAAGAUCUUCCCCAGCGAGAAAAUGUUAUUGGGGAGAUCAGAGACAUAUUUAGUAACCAAUCCCUUUCCAGGCCUACGGGAUAAGAAAACCCAGGAAAGGGUUUUGGAAAGUUUGUAAGUCAUACGAAACUAAAUACAAGGCAAUACAUUGUGGAUGACACUCUAUUUCUUCGGGUUACGAUCAGCCCAUCCAUAAACUCUUUAUUCGGUAAAAUGGCUUAACUCCUUAGCAUAUUAAUAAACUUCAAUUGGAGGUACCUACUUCACCCGAGAGUGCUCCACGGGAGAAAAGAAUCUAUUAACAACGCAUAAGGUACAUCAGUUCUCAAACAUACCUUUUACAUUUUCCCAUGGAUAUUCAGUUCAAACUGCUCCAGUAUGCAUGUUGAUUUUAUUAUGUUAAGUUCAACCCGUUUGCUAUCUCCAAUUGCUAUCAAUCAAAAUACCCUGCUGAAAGAAUUCUGAUUCAAGGCGAAAACGAUUAACCUAUUUUCCAAGAGGGCGCAAGCAUCUUUUUGUGCGAGAAAUGAAAUGUUGAAUCGAAAAUAAAGUUUGUGUAGAAAUCUGUUGAAACAUCGCACAUUGUUGUAACAUUUUGAGGCGAUAUAAACAUUUUAUGAAGUUGGGGAGUCACUGGCCCCAUUUCUGUGGACGAUAUAUAAAUAAAGAUAUAAAAAACACUAACAAAAACGUUCGAUUCCCUGUCAUUUGCCAACACCCUUGCAAAUAAAACUCUGGACAAAAGAAGAUUGUGUAAUUAGUUUUUGCUUAGUUGUUUUUUUUUUCUUAAUUUUUUCAAAAUUGUUAACUAAAAAGGUUGGCAUCACCGUAUUUGCAUCCGAGAAACUGAAAUUUUUCAUCCCUGGCGAU